AUGGCAGGAAAAACUAAAAAGAUACAGUUGCCCAAAUCGGUGCUGGAAAUGAAAUUCAUGAAAAAAACUAGAGAACGAAUAGAAAAAGAAAUGGAAAACAUGCAAGAUCAUGGCAGUUUAUACUCUAAUAUAAUUACAAAUGAAAUGAGAAGUGCGUCUGGGAACUUCAUAUCUGAAUCAAGUUUCAUAUUUUGUGAUACAAUGCUUGAAGGCCGGCUCUCUUUCAAGGGUAUGAAUCCGGAGAUUGAGAGGCUUAUGGAGCUAGAAAAUGCUGAUAAAAAUGAACAACCAAGCAGUGAGAUGGUUAAAGACGUAUCAGAUGAAAUUUUGGCAAAGAAAAUGGAAAAGUUCAAUAAAAAGAGACAAAAUCCUGACAGUGAAGCAAGACACAACAAGAGAAAAAAAGUAAAUAAUAUGUGA